AUGGGCCCACCAACAGUCCCAAAAUAUCCCUUCCUGCAGCAGGGCACAAAUCUAUUUUACAAACCACAGUUUAUGGUUCCUGGUAUGGCUAUUCCACCGCCAAUAAUGAACAUUAUUAAUGAUAAUAAUAUCAAAGAACCAACAAAACCUGAAUUUAUUAUUCAAGAACCGUUACAAAUUCCGGAAGCACCAAUUGUGAUUGCACCAGCGCCUGUUGAAGAAAUAACUGAUAAUAAGCUUGAGAUUCCACAAGCUCCUGAACUUCCGCCACUUAUAACGCACGAGCUUCCCACCGUAGUGCUUGCAGAACCGGUCCCUGAACCUGUUGAACCACCAAAGACAAUAGAAGUUCCACAAGCACCAGAAUUGCCACCACUUAUUCCUGGACAGAUCAUUCCCGAAGCAGUUGUGCUACCCGACACUGAACAAAAGCCGAUUGAAAUUCCGGAAGCCCCAAUUCUACCGCCUUUGCCUGAACUUCCUGCUUCAAUUAUCAUUCCUGCUGCACCCGAAAUUCCCAUAAUCGAGGAAGUUCAACCUGCCUCAGAACACGAGACUCUCCAUUUGCCAGAGGCUCCAAUUCUACCACCAUUCACAAUGCCGGAGUUGCCUGCAGUCAUAGUUUCGACCAUACCUGACAAACCUGAAUGCGACGAAGCGUUAGCUGUACCGGACUCCAAGCCUGUACAAAUUCCUGAAGCUCCGAUUCUUCCAUCUUUCACGAUACCCGAGUUGCCAGCGCCAAUGUUAAUCCCAACUGUCCCAGAAAUUCCCACCUUCAUUGAAGUUCCAGAAACCGAGCCUGUAAAAAUCCCUGAAGCUCCCGUCCUCCCGGCGUUUACUAUGCCCGAGUUACCAGCUCCGAUCGUGAUUCCUGUUGCUUCUGAAAUCCCCGCUGUCAUUGAAGAACAAUCUGCUCCCGAACUUAGACCAAUUGAGAUCCCUGAAGCUCCUGUUCUACCACCAUUCACUGCGCCUGAGCUUCCAUCGCCUGUUGUAUAUCCCGCUGCCCCGGAAAAUUCUGUAAUAAUCGAGGAUCAACCAGCUCCAGAGUUUGAGCCCAUCAAAAUCCCUGAAGCUCCCUCCCUCCCCGCUGUUACGUUGCCCGAGUUACCAGCUCCAAUUGUGAUUCCUGCUGCUCCAGAGUUUGAACCCAUCAAAAUUCCUGAGGCACCAGUUCUUCCACUUUUUACCAUGCCUGAAUUACCAGCACCCAUUGUUAUCCACGCUGAAGAAGUUCCUGCUCCAUGCCCUCCAGCGUCCGCAUCUCAACCUCUUGAAAUUCCAAACCCUCCUGAACUAUCUCCUUUUGAAAUACCUGCCAUACCCGUCUUAUAUGAUGAAUCUCCUAAACCAGCACCUGCUAUAAUUCCUGAAGCACCUGAACUUCCUGCUAUUGUCAUUCCAGAAAUGCCAACAAUUCCAGAAGUAAUAGAUUAUCAACCUAAAAACAUUCCUGAAGCUCCUCAGUUACCUCCUUUUACUUACGCUGAAACAUUUAUAGAAACUCCUUCUCCAAACAUUCCUGAAUUUAAGCCUAUUGUCGUUCCUGAAGCCCCUCAACUACCUCCUUUAACAAUCCCAGCAAUACAAGAACCUGUUCAAGUUGAAGUUAACCCGGAACAUCUUGAAGAACCCUGUGACGAUAACGAGCUUCGGUCGAGGAGUCCACUUUCAACGCUUGUCAUGCCUCAAUUACCUAUGGUUGCAUCUCCAGAACAACCACAGAUAUUGCCACCCACGUUUUGGGCUCAAAACAUUAUAAUAGAACGAGUUCUUCCAUACAUAAUCGUUGGUGAAAAGAACCUUGAACGCUUAGAAUUAGAUUCAAAAUACCCAGUUUUCCCCAAAACUUACAUUUCUCCACAACAGUAG